AGGAAGAUAAAUACGGUCUUUACUCCAAUUUGUUGUACAAGUAUUUUCUUGCAGAGGGAAUUGUCUGUGGACAUGACUUGUUUGUUGCCUCUGCUAAAGAGCAUCCUGACAGCAUCUUAAAGGAACUUCCAGCCCCUUUGCUUGAUGAUGCCCACAGAAAUGAAUUGGGAGAAGAAGCAACAGUUAAGUCUGAAGAUUUUCAGGAUUCUAUGAAAAUAGCCUGGCGCUACCAAAAUUUACCAAAAAUGGAGGCCAGCCCAACAACAUCUACAAAGUUUGGCCAUUAUUAUGAUGUUUCUAAAACAAUGUCUCUAGAACUGUUUCAGUCCAUAAAAUGCCACAGUUUUUACCUUCCUGAAGAAUUGGCUUUACAGCCUAAAAUGAAAACAUGUAAUAUGAACAGUGCCUACACAAGGCUGCUUGAGUCUAUUCAGAGGAUCAUUUACCAGGAAGGGUUUGAUGGCUCCGAUCCUCAG